CCGCAGAUUCGUCUCGCCUUCCUCCUCCAACCGAAACAAACAGGAAAAAGAAAAAAAAAUCGAAGGGCGAUUAGUACGGGCGGCAGGCGGCUUCCGGAAGAAACCUCCACGUCUCCUCCUCCUCCGCUCGCCGUCGAUCCCCACCAGCCGCCGCCGCCGCCUCCCCCUCAGCUUGAUUGGAUCGAGCAGCCACCCCCAUCGUUCGAUUCACUGCUUGGUUUGGUUGGUUAGGCUUCUCCAACAAUUUUGGUUCCCCCGGGCUCGGCCUCAGAUUCUUGAUCCAGCCACGGCGGCCAUGAUGGUUGUUGAUACGGUCGCCGCCACCACAUCCUCCAUCAUUGCCCACCACCUGUUCGACCAAAGGCUCCAUGUCGUCUCCUGCCGCCCCCUUGCCACCGGCUUCGCCGGCCGCCGCCUUGUGGCCAGGGUGCCCAGGCACCACCAUCCUCGCCUCGCGGACUGGACUGUCAAGGCGUUGGCCAUGGGGGUCACCAAGGAGGCCAGCCCCAGCAGGGAGUACCGGGGGAUCCCGGGGGACGGCGCUGACAUGGCCGAUAACGGGAUGACCAAUCCCAAGACGUCCUGGCCUCCGCGGAACAGGGCCGACGAUCCCAAGCUGCACAACCCGCUGCUCCGCCUCGAGCGCAUGAGCUGUGGCUGGCUUGGCGUCAUCUUUGAGUGGGAGGGAGUGAUUGUCGAGGAUGAUGCUGAACUAGAAAGGCAGGCAUGGUUUACCCUCGCACAAGAAGAGGGCAAGUCUCCACCCCCGGCGUUUGUGUUGAAGAGAAUUGAGGGAAUGAAAAGCGAGCAGGCCAUCUCCGAGGUUCUCUGCUGGUCUCGGGACCCAUCCGAGCUAAGGAGAUUGUCCUCACGGAAAGAGGAGAUACACUGCAACCUCCGUGGCAGUGCCUUCUAUCAAAUGAGGAAUGGUUCAAGGGAGUUCAUGAGCACGCUUGCCAACUACAAGAUCCCUCUUGCUGUGGCCACCACGCGACCAAGGAAGGUUAUUGAAGAAGCGAUCGAUGCUAUCGGCGUGCGAAGCUUCUUUGAUGCGGUUGUGGCAGCAGAGGAUGUGUACCGGGGGAAGCCUGACCCUGAAAUGUUUCUGUAUGCAGCGCAGCUGCUGAGUUUCAUCCCGGAGAGGUGCAUCGUGUUCGGGAACUCCAAUUCAGCAGUGGAGGCCGCACAUGAUGCUAGAAUGAAGUGUGUGGCUGUUGCAAGCAAGCACCCGAUCUACGAGCUUAAUGCCGCAGACCUUGUGGUGAAGCAGCUUGACGAGCUAUCUGUGGUUGACCUGAAGAACCUUGCUGACAUUGAGUCUCCAGAGUUUGGCAUGGAGCCUGAGCCAGAGAUGGAGGAGGAAGAAGAAGAUUCGUCCCCGUCAACUUCGGUCGGUGUAGAUGAUUUGUUCUGGUAAGGAAGCCAGAUUGUACAUUUGAUUGAUUUCGCUCCUGCACAUGUGUACGAUUGUCAGUCAUAGCAAUGAUCAUGAAGGGCCAUAUAUUCCUUCUAAUCAAUCUGUCCGUAGACUGUGAUAUGUAAAUGUUUCUCUAGAACUCACACACUGUAUAUAGACUGUACCUCAAAAGAUAAGGGGGAACUGUCUGAAUACUCGAGGGAAUAUAAACCAAUCUGCAGUUCCUAACAGAUGUAUAACUGGGAUGAUUGUCGAUUGCAUAAUUAGGAUUCU